AUGAAAACCCCACUCGACGAGUACCCCAAGUCGGAGGAAGCGGCGCUCCUGUCGCGAGCAUCGCACAUGCUGGAGUCGCAUGAGCAGGUGCCGAUGCCACUGAAAGGCCACAGCGACACACACAGCAGCGAGAAUGGCUACCAGGUCCCUGCUACCGCGAUCAAGGAAGUCGACCAGAGCGACGGCGACAAAACAACCCGGGUGGCUAACUACGGUGGUCCGCGCGGCAACGGCAGUCUGUUUCGCAUGAGCGAGGAGGAGUACGCGAAGCUCCAGAAAAAGGAGGCCAAGUACUUUGACCUCGCACAGAAGAUCCUGAAGACAUGCGGCAUCACCAUUGGCGGCGAAAAGCCGUACGACAUGGUCGUGCACAACCCAAUGUUGUUCCGCCGCGUUAUCAGGAAGGGUAGUCUUGGCCUCGGUGAGGCGUACAUGGAGGGCUGGUGGGACACCCGCGACUUCUAUGCCCUGCACGAGCUCUUCAAACGCAUCCUGCGGAGUGGGCUCGAGUACUACUUUCCGAAUAACGCCAAGGAUUUGAUCAACAUCAUCCGCGCGAAGCUAUUCAACCCGCAGACCAAGUCGAAGAGUCGCAAGGUGGGCAUGCAGCACUACGACAUUGGCAAUGAGUUCUUUCGCAGCAUGCUGGGGCUGCGCAUGCAGUACAGCUGCGCGUACUGGGAGCAGCAUGUCGGCCCCGCCGAGGACCACAUGGUCAAGACUGUGUCGACGCUGGACGAGGCGCAGGAGGUGAAGCUGAAGAUGAUUGGCGAAAAACUGCGCCUGCGUCCGGGGCUGGAGGUGCUCGACUGCGGCUGUGGAUGGGGCGCCCUGGCGGCGUACCUGAGCGAGAAGUACAAGGUGAAGGUAACCGGCAUUACGAUCUCUGAAGAGCAGCGCGAGGGGGCCGCGCAUCGAGUGAAGGACGACCUAAAUGUUACCAUCCUCAAGCGCGACUACCGCGACGUCACCUUCGACCGCAAGUUUGACCGCAUCGUGAGUGUUGGCAUGUUUGAGCACGUCGGACCCAAGAACUACCACACCUUUUUCAAGCACAUGCGCCGCCUACUGCGCGACGACGACCCGGAGGCGAUCUUAGUGCUUCACACCAUUGGCAGCAAGACAACCAUGAAGAGCGCCGAUCAGUGGUACCUCAAGUACAUUUUUCCAGGCGGCUGCCUGCCGAGUGUUUCGAACAUCGGAAAAAAUAUCGAGAAGUACUUUGUGAUGGAGGACCUGCACAACUUCAGUUUCUUCUACGGGCUGACGCUGCUCGCCUGGCGCGAGAACUUCCUCGCCCACUGGAACAACUCGGCCGAGAGCAAGAAGUGCAAUGCAGAUGUGUUUUUUCGCAUGUUCUACUACUACCUGAGCAGCAGUGCUGGCGCCUUCGAGGCACGUGACCUACAGCUGUGGCAAAUUGUUCUGAGCCCGAAGGGAAUGCCGGGGUACGCCCGGGUGUACCGGCCGUAA